AUGGCAAAACAAAGGAGUGGAUUUCCUGCCUUGGUGCGCGUUUUUAAUAAGGAGGAGAAAGUUUUCUAUGAGGGUAAAGUCGAAGGACCGUUGCAGAAUGGAGGCAACAGAAGGUAUUUUUACAACGUACGCUUUAAUGGGAAUGAUGAGGUUGAUCCGGUAGACCGGGAUGAUGUUGAGUUCAGAGGCGGGGCAAUGCCUUGGCGGAAACUGAAGCCUGGUGACAGAGUUCUAGCACCUAUUUCAAGACCAUGUAGAACGCAUUCAUUACCGAAUCAUUUUCAAAACACGUCCUGGUCGAAUAACAUGAUUGGUGAACAAAGAUCUGCUUUUGUUGAAGGUGUUGUGGAUCGUUUACCAAUACCAGCUGACGGGAUACGGCGAUACAAAGUUGUAGUUGGAUCCGGAGAAGAAAUAAAAACAUUACAUUUAUCAAGAAAACAAAUCAAACCCUUGGGUGGAAACAAAGACGCAGAAAAAACAGAUAACCGACCAGCACCUAUACCCUCUGACAUUCAACCAGUAAAGAUACCCACGAAGGACAAGAAUUCACAGGCACCAGAAUCGGAGCCAGUUUCUGGUGUUGUUCUUGCGCGCUGGCGAGAGGACGGCUGGUUUUACUUUGGAAAGGUUGUGUCGAACAAGAAUGACGAAUAUUUUAUUAAAGAUGGGUUAGGAUUCAAUGAAAUGAUACACAAAUCCGACGUAUUAACAGAAACGAGUCAGAAAUUCCAAGUCGUACAGCCUGAUGACAAGGUUAUUGCUCUACAUCCAAAUUAUAUAUUCAGCUACGCUCCUGCAUCAGUUAAACGUGUUUAUAGAUUUAAAGGAGCAGAUCUAAAAUUUUAUGAUAACACAGUAGGAACUUUACCAUGGAGUAAAAUCUACAAGAUAUCUGAUCAAAAAUACGCUGAUUGCGUUCACCACAUUAAACAGAAAGAAAAGGAAAUGCUUCAAGCAAACGUUAUAGUAUUUGAUGAAAAGUGUGGCCACUUCGAAAAUGACAUUUCAGUGAAUUGUUCAGUUGCAGUGUCUUUCAUGCCAGAGAACCAACACAGCUCAGAAAUGCGGAGUGGUACCACCAGUCUCCUAAGCCUGUUUUCCCCUCACAGACAAGAGGCUCAUGUGGACAGUCCCUGCAGUAUAUAA